AUAGCGCUACAAUCAAAGCAACCAAAGGAAAUUCAAUCCGUGUGAUAGGUUUUAGGUCCGUGUUAAAAUUUUCGCAGCCAAAUGGAUCCUUUUGGGGAAAUGCAGUGCAACGUUGGUGGGAGUAACCUUCAAUCCACCUCAUCGGUUGAUGGGCACGUCGUUGGCAACAUGACACCGAGCCCAUCCGGCAUGGUGAAGCCACCGGACACACCCACCAGUCCGAACGAUCCGGAACAUCAGCCGGAGAAGACCGACUGUACGCCAGAGAACUCAAAGAAAAGUGACAGCUCGCCGGAAGGUGCCGAUGGAUUUGGUCGACUUCCCGGUGCGAACCGGUUAGCGAUGGCCGGGCAUCGCUCCACAAUUGCCAGCGACACCGUUGCCAAAAGUCUUUCGAUGCAGGAAAUGUUUAAGGCGGGCAGAAGCGUUAGUGAGGAACCAGGCACGAAAACGCCCCAUCCGGUCGACAAUGAUGAGGCACUGGUCGAUUCGGUACGGAAUGCGUUUGCUUUUACGAUCGAUUUUGGCGAUGGGAAGAAACAGAUCGAUUCGCAAAGGCACGAAAAGAUGCUGGAACGUUUUCAAGCGCGCCACAAGCGCGGUGUAUCGCUGUCCAAGCUGGAGUCUAGCUCGAGUGCUACGUCCUCACCGGCAUCGGUACGGCAACAGCAAGGAUCACGUGCACCGGCCAGUGUGAAUCUGCCACGACGCAACAAACCGCUACCUUAUGAAGCUGGAGAUCAACAACAACCCACCCAGCAGAUGGUCAUGAUCGAUGAUGCGACGGGACGGCCGGUUGCGGUGAAGCUAAGGGAGAAGAACCAACGAUCGGUUGGACGCGAUCAGUCAGCGACCAAGCGGCACAGCUGGAGCCCGCGAACCAGUCUGAGCGAGAUGGGUACCGGGGGAAGAAUGCAAGAACCUGCCCCAGCGAAACCAAGCACCGGCAGAUCCGGUUCUAAUUCGGGUCGUUUUGCACCGAAAUCGGCAACGCUAGCGUUGGCACUCGAGCAACAGCAACAGGUGGGCAAUAAUCUCGAGCGGAAAGACUAUUCUUACUCCAGCUCGGAAUUUAACGGCGAAAGUCUUGACUCGUCCGGUGGCAUACCGUGUCUAGAGGCACCGUUGGAGAACUUCCGCAAAGCGCCGGGUGACGGUGAGGAGGACGACGUUAGCGAUGCGGGCACGUACACGAUCGAUGGGGCAAAUUAUACCGAGGAGCAGAAGGAACGCAUGAACAUCGAUCGGGUUGGGUCGUCACAGGUUGCAAUGCCACCGGAGGUGGUAGAUCCCGUACCGGUGGUACCUGCCGUACGUCCGACAGACUUCCGGGAUGAGCUGGAAGUGAUCGAUCUGGAACGGACGGUCGGGGGCGUCGGAGAGCGUCGUACAAAUGGACGCACGCUGAAGAACGAAGAGUCACCACCGCAAACGACGGAACACCGCAAGCACAACAUACUGGAGGUGUCCUACUUUCACGAACCGUCACCGGUCACCGGCGGUGGUGGUAAGGGUGUUGCUGGUGGGGGUGGAGUUCCUACCGAGCGCACGAAAAGCAAACAGUCCUACAUCGAGAAGCUUAAAUCACGCAUGAAAAACAUUACGCAGAAGGGCAGCAGCACGGGAUCGAGUCGGGUCUCGUCGGGGAAGCAGCAGCAGAUGAUGAUGGCACCGGAACUGGACUCCCCGGACCAGGGCACGUUUACCUCCGUCACGACGAGCGGCAUUCUGAGCGUGAAGCCGACACUACUGGAGGGCAAUCCGAUUGUACCGGCGAACCAAAGGAGACGCAACAGCCUGACCAAAUCGCACAUUGAUAGCUCGGAGUAUGUGCAGGGUGUGGCGAAGUUGAACAUACACGCCACCAGCUGCGCGAUGGACGGUUCGGAUGAAGUGGAUCGAACGGGGUCGAAAACGGAACCGCAGGAAGAGGAGCUUAAAAUUCUGAACUGUUACACAGACUCCGAGAAGGCACACCAGGGCGGUACGACGCAUCAUCGGCACAAUCAGCAGGCCCAAUCGAAGAAGGGAGGCCCGGAAGAUGUCAGUCCGGUGAGUGUCCGCCGGAAAACACCCUCGGACGUGGCGGCAUUAACGUCGGUAGCGACUAAGAAGGAUUGGAUACAGGAGUGGGCGAAGAAUGCGCGCGAAUAUAGCAAGUCCACCAGUCCGAAGGUGCAUCCGCAUGAUCCACCACCGGCAACAACGGCGUACGGAAGUACGGGCGGUACCGGAUCGAUGACGCGAAGUUACGGUGGCGAGUGUGACGGUGAGGCGACCAACCGGCGCAGCAGGGGAAAUCAAUUUGGUUACGAUUUCGAUAUCGAUCUGACCAAGAGCGAUUACUACGAGGCGAAAAAGUACGAAGAGUUCGGUGACAAUCUAGACCAUCGGCAGCACUAUCGGGGUGUGGUGGCACGCAACCAUCAUAGCGCCAGUGGGAGUGAUCCACUGGUAUUUCGCACACAGCAGCAGCAGCAGCACCAGCUUACGACGACAUCACCGGAGGAGGACCCGUACCGGGAACCGCUCCCGUACGGCAUGAACGAGUUUGCACGUACCGGAUCGAGGGGUUCGAUGCGAAGGUACGGCCACAACCAGCAUCCAUCACCGGUAACGUCAACUGCCGCCUCCAAACCGCCGAUGAGCCCGAGCAAAAUACCGUCACCAAUCGGUUCGAUCGGACGGGCACGCAGCGUUAGCCGCAAUCGAAGUCUACAGGGAAGCAAUUCGGACCUUUCCGGAAAUGAAACGGAAAUGUAUCUGCAGAAAACGGCCGCCGCAAUUUCGACAUUGCAAAACUUGCAACGGCGUAAUUCGCUGCGCAACAGCUCCUCGCACCAUUCUUCCAGCCCGCUCAGCCCGGCAUCGCGCAAGAUGUCACCGAAGGUGUCACCGAUGAAUUCUUUACAAUCUCCCAUCCAUUCGCCGGGGCUCAGCAGUAACAACUAUGCGGACAUCAAUUCGCCAUUAUACUCCCCGCAACAUCAUCAUCAGCAGCAGCAGCGCAACAAUCUGCAUCAUCACCAGCUGCAUCAGAACAUUGGCGGUGGUGUCGUCGGGCACAAGCGGAACCAUUCGCUGGACGGCGGUGUGGAUCCACUCUCAUCGCCGACGUCCUACAUGCCAAAUGGUGGAGCUAUCGGUGCCGGACAUAUGACGCGCAGCUUGAACACAAACACGACGAGCCCCAAGUUGGACUUCUCCAAGCGACAUCACACGCGACACAACUCGUUCGAGGGUGUGAUGUCUUCUCUGCCGCCAAAACCCGUCAAAUGUUUCCAGCAAUUUGAUCAAUCGACCGGUGCGGCGUAUUACGGUGGAAAUGGUGGGCCACAUGAUGCGGAUGCCGAUGUCGAUGAUUUGGAAGAUCCGGACUACUGUAGGGACUAUGAUGAGGAAGAAUUUGAGGAGGACAUAGACGACGACGACGAUGAGGACGAGAUGGAUUUGAACAACAGACAGGCUGGCGGAUUGAUGGUGGAUAGUGUAAUGCCCCGGCCAAGAGCGAUGUCGCUGGAACCGCGGAAAAGGACGGGCGGAGUUCAGCAGCAUUUGCAAGCUUCUACAGGUGCCAAGCAACAAGUGAUCGCGGCCAAUCAGAAAAGUGUCGCCGUAAAUCGUGUUCAAAAAAUGCAACCACAGCAACAGCAGCCACAGCAGCACCUUACAUCCCCCAUCAAACGGUCGAGUUCGUUCUCGGUGAAGCCGAACGUGAUGAAACCGGCCACACCGACAAUGUCGGCCAAAACGGGAGGUCUUGCCGGUGUGAAUGGUCGUGCGGUGGGUGGGAGCGGUUCGAGAAUACAAAAGUCGGCCAGUAGCACCAGCUUUAAGAAGAUGGCCGCCGGUAUGUUGGAUAGCGGUGUGCAACCCCAACAGUAUCAUCAUCAUUCGGUACAGCCACCGCAUCAUCGCCACCAGCUGGUGAUGGACCCGAACUAUCCCGAUGAGCUGAUGCUGUACAUAAACGAUGGUGAUGAUGAUGGGCUGCAGAUGAGGGGUGCGGAUCGUAGACAGCAGGAUGGAUUCUCUUCCAACUCGCUCACGGAUGAGGAGGACCCGGUGGAUGAUCUGGACGAUGAAGAUCUCGACGUGAAUGGGGCACGUUUGGAAAAGGAACCGCUCACUAACACGCGCUAUAACAAAACGUUCCUGAUGCGUAUGGAACAGAACAAAAAAUUAGCUGGUGGUGGUGGGGCAACCACCGGUGGAGCAACGACUGGAAGCACGAAACAAGGUGGCGGUGCUGCGGCCUGUCCUAAUACGCCGGAGCUGCCGCGCCGUGCAGUUCAGAUGCGUGCCGCUGGAGGUCUCGGAAGGGAUCGUGCUUCAAUGCCACGGGACUCUAGUUUAAACCGCAUGAAACAGGAUCUGAACUUACGCAAAACUUCCACUGGGCGCGAGAUGCUGCUCGGCGGUGGUAAAGGACAGCAGCACUCCACGCAGUCCAUUAAUUCGGGUUCAUCGUCGGCCGUGGGUAGCGGUGGGAAGGUGCAACCGAAGUAUCUGGACAUUUCGAAAUACAAAUCCUCCAAUGCAGCCAACUUCCUGAAGAAAGACGAAUCCAAGAGCUAUCUACUGCGGCAGGAGGGCGUUAGGAAGAGUCCGAGUAGUGCGUCCGUUUCGUCGGCGAUGAGCCGUACCGAUCCGACGCGGAUGAGCGCCAGAAGCAUCAAGUCGGCUAGCAGUGCAGCCAGUAAGUCUAGCGGCAGUGGCACCGGUGCUGGCGGUGUCACGAAGAAGGAUCCCGUUAAAAUAGCGAAGGAGCAAGAGCUCGAAAUGUGGAGAAGACGUGCAAGUUACGAUCCGAUGAAAGCUGCCCUGGAGGGAAAGAAGAAACAGCAAGAGGAAUCUAGACGUCUCGCUGCCGCCCAACAACAGCAAACACAGCUGCAUUCGGAACGGCAAAGUAAAUCGAAUGAAAGCUCCGUUUUGAGAUCACAGUCUUACCACAGCGGUGUCGGCAGUAUUGGCGGAGGUCGUUUGUAUCAAGGUAAUGUUGGCAAUAGCAGUAAUGUUAAUUUGCGCGGAGCAUACAAUCAGACACUUGGGGAACAUCCGGAGAGUGGCAGUGACAACCGUUGGACGCUAACAUCGACGGAAUCCAGUGAGGAUCUGGACGGUGAUGACUACGUGAACUAAAACAAAGUUACCAUCACGAACGCCUUCAGUGUGGAAACGGCUAGGAAAUCAUGAGACUAUCAUUUACAUGUUUGGCUGCUGUAAUUUACAUCAUCAAUAUUAGCCUCCAUGCUUAUCCUAUACACAUGCAUUACGCAGUCCGUUUGUUAAAACAACAAAUGGGGCAUGUGAAAAAUGCAUUAGGUGCUAGACUGUAUAAUGAUUCUGUCAAACAUAGCAAACAAAGCAAACAAAUGCCAACAUAUUGUAUGGUAGAGGGCAUACAGUCUCAAACAUCACACGAUAUAAUUAUGUCAGAAAAACCAAUUAGCUUCGCUUAAAGACCGUGGGAAGAAAAUGUUAGGAUUUCAUUGUUGUACGUUUUCCUUAAUUGUCAAUCAGUGUAUGUUUCAAGAUUUCAUUUAAUUUUUAUCACAAUUAAGCUAAACGCUCACUUGUAUAUCAUAUUUACAUUUUUAAAACGAUUAAAAUAGAUCAGAGCUUUCCACCGAUGCAUGAAAAGAAACGUAUGGAAGAAACCAUAAGCAUAGACGCAUUUUUUACGAUGAAUCUUCGUAUAGUGCUAAAUAGAGAACACAGUAGGCGUUUAGUAUUGACAUAAUCAACAAGCGAUAGUUUCUAUCACACAUACUUUUAGGUUGACGUUAACUAGAGGAUAAAUACAAACAUAUACAGCAUAACGAACGAAUACACAUAACGAGCAUUCUAAUGAGCGCGUUAGAAUCGCGUGCGGGCUGUUCGAAUUGGGACACGGAAAGAUUCACUAAUAGUUUCCACUUGUUUAGUUACUCAUUAAAAACGUCGGAAACUAUUCGAAUGCGGUCAGGCGAAUCUUUUGCACAUCGUAUACGGGAGAUGCACUGUUAUUUGAAGCGGUUUUAUUAAAAUUGUUUCUAAAAUUUUACUAUGCAUAGAUUUCAGUGCUUGCGCAAAACAUGGUGGUUUAGCAAUAUUCUUCCCUAGUUAAUCGUUACGUGCUAAUUUAAAGUUUUGCGAGUGCGAUUUAUGAUGGUUUUUGGUGCACUUCUUAGCUUGUAAUGUUAAGUUUCAACUUCUUUAUUAUUUUUGGUUCGGUAGGCUUAUAUGCAGGGACUUUUACACGAUGUUAGCGAUGUAUCAAAACCGAUAGCGUAGAACAAUGUAACGAAUUGAACCAAUGGUUCCAGUGCUCUUUGACUAGGAGAACAUUAUUCUCCAGCAAAGAAGCAAAACGAGCAAGAAACGACAAGAGAAAGGUCCACUGCUUAGAAGAUUCAGUUAUUCCCUCCAUCGAAUAUUGCACACGUUAAUACUCUCGUAGAAAUAAUUGUUUAAUUUGUUUUGUUUACACUUCUUCAGAACUAUUCUCCACAAGAAGAGAGUUUAGCGAAAAUGAUCGUUUCUGCUGAGUAAGAUCAUUAUGUACUUUGUUACGUACGAUGCUUGUAAAUCACUAAUUUGCCACAAUGUUACCAAUAUGUAGAGAUGCUGGAAAGCAUUUUAUAUAAAAAAGAGUAGAUGCCUUCAAUGAUUUCUUCUAUCAACUUUUGUUUGCUUAUAGAUCAUGCGUAUCGCUCCAACUUAUUAAAUGCGAUACAGAAUGGAGCAGUACGAAGGAAAGCGAACGCGCGCCAAAAAUGGUACAUUGCGUUAUACUAUUGUGGUGAUGGUGCGGGCAAAAUUCCAAAUAGUUCCGAUGCUGCCAC